AAAAUAAAAUAAAUAAAAAUAAAAAAGGAAGGAGAAACAAACUGAACAGAAUAAUAUAACUGUAUUUAUUUAAUUAGCAGCAGACAGAAUGAUGAUUCCUGAAGGGAUUCCUCUGCUUCUGCUUGUUCUUCUUAUGGGCUCCUUCACUGGCUCAAACAAUGAACUAAUAAAAGUGCCUGAGAAAACAGAACAAAUUGAUGAAGGAUCAUGUGUGACCAUCCCUUGUUCUUACAAAAAAACAAAGGAUGGAAAAUAUACUCUGUUGUGGUUUAAAGAUCCAGAAUAUAAUAAAAUAUCACAAAUUUUUGACGGGACUAUUUUAUACAGUAACACAGAAGAACGUCCCCAGUCGCCAGGUUACUCCAGCAGAGUGAAAUACAUCACUGAUGAAACAUCACAAGAAAACCAAAACAUCUGGAUCAAAUGUGAUUUAAGAAUCACCGAUCUUCAAACAAAAGAUAGUGGGAACUACAAUUUUAGAUUUAUUGUUUCCAGCAACAUGAAAUAUAUGAGUGCAGCUAUGAAUCUCAAAGUUACAGACAAUCCUUGUAAGGUGCACAUUGAACCAUCAGAGCUGAAGAGUCCAGUCCGUGAGUCGGACAAAUUAACUGUUCACUGUUCCACAUUUGAUUCCUGUGAUCUUCAUCCUGAGUGGCUCGUCCAUACAUCACGACAAAAGCAAAAAUGGACGUCCUCCUCGUCGACUGAUAUGAUUAUAGAGACUGAAGAAGAUAAAGAAGGCAGAAAGAUCACCAAAUUGAAGCUCAGUGUGACAUGGAAGGAUGACAGAAGGAUUCUGUCUUGUCGUCGAGCGAAGAGUGAGGACAGCUGCCAGAUCAGGAAUAUCACACUGUCUGUGGAAUAUGCACCUAAAGAGGUAAAAGCAACAGUGAGCUCUGAGGAUGUGAAGGAGGGAGAUUCUGUCACUCUCUCCUGCACCAGCAGAGGUCAGCCUGAUGUCAGCUUCUCAUGGUUCAAAAAAGAGACAACAGAAAAGUCUCAACAAAUGUCUGACUUGAAACUAAAUAAUGUGAAACCAGAAGACAGUGGAGAAUAUUACUGUGAAGCUGAAAACAAGCAUGGGACACAGGAAUCAAAUAUCAUUCAAAUUGAUGUGAAGUAUGGUCCAGAGGGUGUCAAAGUGCAACCUGUUAACAUUAAAGAUCUCAAAGAGGGAGAUGAACUGACACUCAAGUGUUUAGUCGAGAGAGGUAACCCAGCAGUCUAUCAGUUCAUGUGGUACAAAAAUUCCCAAGAACAGAGUGAAACCAGCGAGACAUUCAUCAUCAGUAAAGUUACUGAAGCGGACAGAGGAUCUUACCAAUGCCAGGCUGAUAACGGGAUCAGAACAGAAAUAUCAAAUAACUUCACAGUAUCUGUAAAGUAUGCACCCGAAAAUGUGACUGUAAGUGUUAAAGGAGAACAAAGAUUUGGGAGUGAGCUGACCCUUACAUGUGAGGCUCGCGCCGAUCCUGCUCCAUCCUCAUACGAGUGGAAGAAAGACUUCAAUGGCAAGUUAAAGACAAUUGAACAGAAACAUGAACAGAGACUACACUUUCUUUCUCUGGAAAUCUCUGACUCUGGUCAGUACGCCUGUAUUGCUCAAAACUCCAUUGGAAAAACAGAAUCUCCAUUAGUAGAGAUCAAGGUGAAACAUGUUCCAAUCAUAAAAAUUGUCCAUAACAUGACAACAUUAACUCAGUGGAAUUGGGAGUUUCCGGUCUCUCUGACCUGCAGUGCAGAUGCACAUCCUCCUGCCGAGGUCUACAACUGGUACAGAGAGGAGGACAACGUGACCGUACUGUCAGAACAUCAGAACUUCACUGUUCAGCCUCAGAACCCAGGAAUAUAUUACUGUACAGCAGCCAAUGCUAUCGGAGAAUCACGAUCCGAAAACAUCAUGUUAUUUAUUGGCAGGUGUAGGAUAGUUUUCUGCUCAUCACUCCAUGGAACCUUUAUGAAAGCAUAAAAAUACUAUGGUAUGUUUAAAGAUUUUUAGGAAACAUGCUAAGUUCACAUAGGCCUACUUGUUUCUCUGAAAAACAAUGCUACAGCCAGUUAUUCUACUUUGAAUCAUGUGAACCUGCUUAUUUACAUUUACAGUAAAGACUCCAGGUCGCCAGUUGGUGUAAAACACCUUUUUCUAAUAUUUUUAAAUUGUACUGCAAUACCUACAUCAACCACUAGCUGUUAAUAUUUCUUACUGCACAUAAAGGUACAAUUAUACAUGAGCACAUUGUAAAUGCAUGAUUAAAGUAAAAUGCUUCCACACUUUGUAUUUUUUUUUUAAGUGGUUAACUGGGUAAAUGUAUGAAUUAUGAAAUAAAAACAAUGUUUUGAUCUAUUGAACACAAAGUCCAUAUAAUAUAAGUCUGUAUAAUGUUGUUUCAAAGGGAAAAUAUUAUAUAAAUAAUGAUUCUAUAAGUGUGCCUUCUACUCAUUCACUUUUUAUUUUUACAGUGAGUUGCUGUUACAUUAAUAUAUAUAGUACUAUUGAUUAAAAAUGUAUUAAUUUUGUAAAAAACUAUUUCGUUAUGUAUCAAUGAACCAUAUAUUUGUGUGAUCAAUUCUUGAGUAGAUAAUUGAAAAAAAAAAUGUUGUCUGAAAAUGUAGUUUAACUACAUUGUGUGAAAUGCAAAAACAUUGCUAUGCAUUUUUUGUUUGUUUGUUUUUGUUUGUUUGUUUUAUUAAACAUUUGUAUUUGGGACUGCUGAACUGCCAAUCUGAUAACAUUUAAAUGCUUGCAUAAAUCUGUGAUUAAAAAUAAAUAAAUA